GGAGCCUGUCGCGCUACGUUGAGUUCCGUCUAGCGGUUAGUGGAGAGGCUGUAGUCCAGUCUGCCAAUCUCUGCAGGAAGGAGGAAGUCAGCGGGCUCCCUUCUUUGUCCGAACUUACAACAUACAGAGGUGAAAGCUGCAGAGACCAUGGAGUCCACAAGGAGACGCACUCAGCACAGUACCAAUGGAAAUGGAUCUGGGGCAGUGGAGAAGUCAGCACAGUGGGGCAGAGCAUGGGAGGUGGACUGGUUUUCCCUGAUUAGUGUUGUCAGCCUUCUUUGCUUUGCUCCCUUCAUUGUCUUUUACUUUGUGAUGGCCUGCGAUCAGUACGAGUGCUCCAUCAGCCAACCUCUGUUAGAAUUGUACCAAGGAAAGGCAACAUUGCCCUCUAUCUGGGCCCGGGCCCCCUCUUUCACAUGGACCGCUGCUAAGAUAUAUGCUGUCUGGGUGAGCUUUCAGGUGUUCCUCUAUAUAUGUAUUCCUGAUGUUGUCCAUAAGUUCAUUCCAGGCUACGUCGGUGGAGUUCAGGAUGGAGCUCGUACCCCUGCUGGUCUUAUUAACAAGUAUGAGAUCAACGGGCUGCAGUGUUGGAUCAUCACCCAUGCUCUGUGGUUUGCAAAUGCCAAUUAUCUCCACUGCUUUUCUCCCACUAUCAUCUUCGACAACUGGAUCCCCCUGAUGUGGUGUGCCAAUAUACUUGGCUAUGCUGUCUCUACCUUUGCCUUUUUAAAGGCCUACCUGUUCCCCACCAACGCUGAAGACUGCAAGUUUACAGGGAACAUAUUCUAUAACUACAUGAUGGGCAUUGAGUUCAACCCGCGCAUUGGCAAGUGGUUCGACUUCAAGUUGUUCUUCAAUGGCAGACCUGGCAUCGUUGCCUGGACUCUGAUUAAUCUGUCCUACAUGGCCAAGCAACAAGAGCUCUACGGCCAAGUCACCAACUCCAUGAUUCUGGUUAAUGUGCUGCAGGGUAUUUAUGUGUUGGAUUUCUUCUGGAAUGAGGCAUGGUACCUGAAGACUAUUGAUAUCUGCCAUGACCACUUUGGGUGGUAUCUGGGCUGGGGGGACUGUGUGUGGCUGCCGUACCUCUACACCCUGCAGGGCCUGUACCUGGUGUACCACCCAGUCCAGCUCUCAGACACUCAUGCCCUCGCUGUCCUGUUGCUGGGUCUGAUUGGGUAUUACAUCUUCCGCUCUACCAACCAUCAGAAAGAUCUGUUCCGCCGCACAGAGGGUGCCUGCUCCAUCUGGGGACGCAGGCCGACACACAUCGAGUGCUCGUACCUGUCUGCUGACGGCCGCAGCCACCGCAGUAAGCUCCUGACCUCAGGUUUCUGGGGAGUGGCGCGCCACUUCAACUACACCGGCGAUCUGAUGGGCUCCCUAGCCUACUGUGCUGCCUGUGGUUUCAGCCACAUUCUUCCAUACUUCUACAUUGUUUACAUGACCAUCCUGCUGGUCCACCGCUGCAUACGAGACGAACACCGCUGCAGCAGCAAGUACGGUAAAGACUGGAAACUUUACACUGACGCAGUGCGUUACAGGCUGAUUCCUGGAGUAUUUUAAAGAGAGGAAGGAGGAAUUAGAAAAGAAACACAGCACAUGGACGGUGAAAUGAUGAAUACAUGGUGAAGCAAGUUAAGCUUGGCUCCUCCCACUGAACAUUCUCCACUGAACUUCAGACUGUGUACUUUGAUCAAUUUUUUGUGCAUUUGUACUAGUGUGCACUGCAAGCCUGUUUCAAUAAUUCUCUGCCUCAAAAAUACAAUUUGAUCGUUUUCUGUUUCUAUAAAGCUGUAACAGUGUGCCAUCAUACAGAACAUUUUUAGAAAGAUGUAUUUUUUUAAUAUCAUCAGUAACAGACAAAGUUACUUUUGUAAAACACUGACCGUGUGAUGCUGCUCAUAACGGUGUUGUUGUGCCCCCAUAAGCCACAUGUCAUUUGCAUUAAGGAACAUCAGAUAUCUGGAACGAAAAGACUUGAAUCUCAAUGUACCAGCUAUUUCUUCAAAAACGUAUCAUGUUCAAAUUUGUCUGGUAUCAGAAUGGUUGUGUUCCUUUUCAGUGGAUAUUUUGGCGGACUUUGAAAGUCCAUUUUCAUUCAGAUCAAUAAAAAACACCCGGUUGCUUGUUUGUAGCAGCAGUGGUGGACUCUUAUCUAUAGACCGAGUAUCUUAUACCCUUGUUGUACUCAUUGUCAUUAUUAGAUCUAACCUAAUGGUCCUUCUCCAGUCAGGAAAAGUAUUUGUUGAGUCUUACGGUUGAGAAUCAUCCGAAACUCUGGCUGAGAACGUAUUACUGUUCACAUACAUCGCUGGUAACAGUUUCUGCAUUGAUAAUGUUAAUGCGAUCAUCCAAAGUUCAUCCACAUUCCAACUCUAAGGAAAUGUUUUAUUUUCUUAAGCGAUAUUGCUUCUCUGAAUUUUACAAUUUCCCAAAACAUUACAGCUCUCACGCAAUAAACAAAAAAAAUAACUUUUA